AUGUCCGGACUUGUGCUUAUCCUGAUCGUCGCGGUUUCUCAGGCCGCCUUGUUCCUCAACGACGAGAACAAGAUGAUCCAACCCACCGACACUUUCGGAAAUUUUGUCAUUGUCCCGUCUGAGUGAGACUCCAGACGUCCAUGCCUCUCAAACCAGUCUGAAAUUGCAGAUUGGACAAGUUGAAGAGGUCGUUCGGCCGCAACUGCAUGUUCACCAUCACCGGCUGCUUCACCACCUCGCAAGCCGAACGCUACCGCAAGUACAUGGAAAACGUCCGCUUCAUCCCAAAGUGA